CUUAUUUUGGUAAUAAAGAUGUCAGGCGUUACUCGUUUUAAGACUGACCUGAUGUCAGAAAGUGUAUGUCAUUGUUGCGUGUUUGUGAAGAACACUAUAUAGAAAAAAUCACAUAUUGAAGAGUCCCUGAAUAGCUGAUAUUGGACUUUCAUGGGAACACUAUUUUUUUUUUUUUUUUUUUUUUCUAGGUGGUUGAGUAAGUUCUCAUAGCUGAGAUGCUGUUAAAACACAAUCCCGGUGCAAUGGUUUGGGCUCUUGCUUUUUGCGCUUUGCUAGCGUUUGCUCCUGAAGGUAAAGCACAGAAUACCACAGAACAGUGGGGCCGAGAGCAGCAACGCAACAAGACCGCGCUUCCUUUACAGCUUCUCGCCAGACUGCCAGCGCUCCGUGACGUCAUUGUCGAGGAAGGCUCCAGUGCUGUGAUUGCGUGUGAUGUUACAGGACGUCAGGAUGCAGAUAUUAUUUGGUACAACUCCAAGGGUCACGUGCUGGAGGAAGCUGAAUUAGGAGGAAAGUGGCUGGUUUUGGACAGGGGAGUGUUGAACAUCACUGUGGUUGCUUUCGAAGACCGAGGCCGCUACACCUGCAUUGCGCAUAGCUCCUUUGGGAGCUCAAACUACACCAUCACCCUGCGUGUGAUCUCCACUCAUGGCGACAUGGGGCUGUACUACGUGAUCGUGUGCCUGAUCGCCUUCACCAUUGUGAUGGUCCUCAACAUCACCCGUCUGUGCAUGAUCAGCAGCCACCUGCGCAAGACUGAGCAGGCCAUAAACGACUUCUUCCGGACAGAGGGGGCUGAGAAGCUGCAGAAGGCCUUCGAGAUCGCCAAGCGCAUCCCCAUCAUCACCUCGGCCAAAACGUUGGAGCUGGCCAAAGUGACCCAGUACAAGACCAUGGAGUUUGCCCGGCACAUGGAAGACCUGGCACGGAGCAUCCCUCUGCCUCCGCUCAUUCUCAACUGCAGGGCUUUCGUGGAGGAGAUCUUUGAAGCAGUGCGCGUGGAUGACCCGCUGCACCCGCGGCAUGCGGGCAAAGGGGGCCGGGCCAUCGGGGGCUGUCCAGACGGGGUCUUCACCAUUGAGUCAGGAGAGGAUGCUGUCCCCCCUCAGCAGGGUCAGGAAAUUGCAGUGCAGGCAUCCGUCCAUCCUGCAUCGCACUGCCAGCGAGACAUGGACACGGUUUCCAGCAGCAGUUGUCGUUCAGUGCAAGACGGAUCGACCGCUGUCAUGUUGGACCCGAGCGAGCAGAAACAUGUGGUUUAUUAACAUCCCAUACAGCACAGUGCAGCAUUCUUCUCUCCCAUCUGCUCCCAUCUAUAUAUAUAUAUAUAUAUAUAUAUAUAUAUAUAUAUAUAUAUAUAUAUAUAUAUAUGCAGUAAAGUGUAAACUGGUCCAUUCUCCACUCACUUGGCAAGCAGAUCCAGCCAUUAGGUUUGCUGUGCUGCAAGCAGUUAAAAAGAUAGAUAAAGAUAGGAAACGCACACAAUUAAUCAGAGAUGUGUAUGUUUCUAGUUUCUGUAUCUGUUUAUUAAUUCUUACUGUUGGUGCUAAAGUAAAUAUAUAAUUUUUUUCUCCAAGAUAAUGACAUGCAAUACCCAUUAGGUGGUGCUGUUGUACACAUCUUAUGGUGUAGAGACUAUGCAUUUUAGUACUACCAGCAGUUACAACUAAUAAAAGAUCUGAGAGGAAAUGAAAGUCAUUCUCAGAAAUGAAUAUCUGGAAUGGGUUUUCCAGUAAUGAAACCAUGCAAACGGUGCUCACUGUUUACAUUGCUCUCCGUGUCUGUAGAACUUGUCAGCUGGUAGUCUACCGUGAACAAGAUGGCAAACUAAGACGUGCUGGAAUGCAUCCUUGAAUGGUGCAGUAGCAAGGGAGAGCUGUAUUUCCAGUAGUAUUUAGGCUGUUAUUGAAGACUUUACCCUGCCUUUCGGAAGCACUUCCAGAAGAAGGCUUUCUUGAGCAAACUGGACACCUCUUAAACGAAGUGAUCUGACUGCCCUUCUGUCGUCCUGGCUGAUUAAAAGGCUGGCAUGGCGCAGUGCUAAGCUGACAUCUUUUUUUAUUUGACCAGCUGUGAUGGAGUGUGUGUGCUUUUAUUUCUCCAGAUGGUGGUUUUAGUUCCUUUCGCAAAGCCUGUGAUGAAGUUGCAGCAGCGAAAUCCUCGAACGUUACAUGAAGCAUUCUGCUCGGGUUUUGGAGUUGGCUCUUGAGCAAAGACGCAGCUGUGCAGUGGGAUCACCUUUACUGUGUAAACGCUAUUUUGGGGUAUUUCACUGGGCUUUGUUCCAAUCGUAAUCUAAAUUGUUUAAUUGAACUGAUUUAAACCUCCAUCCAGACCCUGAAGUUGUUCGUUAAACCUGCAGUGGAAGGGCCCUGCAGGACCAGGAUUGGACACCCUUGUAGGUUUUGAUGAUAGGAAUUGCAAUAGAAUUUUUUUUUAAAUUUUUUUAUCCCUUAUAGAACGUCACAAUUUCCAUAAAUGUCAGGGAGGUGUAGACAUCAGUACAGAUCCUGUGCCUCUUCUAAACUCCAUUGAAUAGCUGUAAAAAAUUGCGAGUCAUUUUAAUAAGCAAGCCCUUUUACAGGGAUCGCAAUAAUUGGGCAGCUGUCAGCCGUGCGGAAAGAACAACAAAGAACCGACUUCCUUGUCGGAUAGAACUGCUGCCUGUAUCGGGGACUCUUCUAAUGGGUGUUUUUUUUAAAGACAAAGGUGUGUCAUCCUAUCAAUUGUGUUAUCAUUAAUAUUUCACAACUGUUCAUUCUGGCUGAAACACUUCUGCAAACACGUAUUUGAAAAAGUUCUGUGUUUUUGCUUGAGCUGACAUUCUGAAAAGAAUACACUUGCCAGGUCAGCCCUGAUGUUCCAAGAUGAAGUUGAUGGGUUCGUUAGGAACAGACUGAAGGUUACUAAACUUGUGUAGAGCGAACUACAGCAACUCAGUUGUGAGGUCAUUCCAUUCCAGCAGACUUGCUGACUGUAAAAAAUAAUUUACUGUAUAAUGAAAUACAAGCAUGUUAAUAGGAUGUGAUAAAUACAUUGUGUAAAUGACAGUAACCAUCCUCAAAUAGACAGAUUUGUCUUUUUAAAUACUUUUAAAUCCAGGGAUUUUUCAUACGUUGAUAAGUAUGGUUUUGAUGGUAUUGCUUAUGCACGUUAUUCAGUGUGUCUAGCAGAAUGAUGUAUUGUGUAAUAGCCUAAACCUGCAUCCUUUUGUAUAGUUUUCUUUAUGGCUUUUCAGUAAAUGAAUGGGUUGGGUGUGUGUAUCUUAUGUAGUAUUUCUAUGUGUAGUUUUAUCAGGGAAAAUUUAUUGUUCACUAGUUUUUUUGUGUUAAUAAACUACAUGUUUAACA